AUGUCUGACAAUGGAGAACUGGAAGACAAGCCACCAGCUCCUCCUGUCCGGAUGAGCAGUACUAUCUUCAGUUCAGGGGGCAAAGACCAGUUGUCAGCCAACCACAGCUUGAAACCCUUGCCCUCUGUACCAGAAGAGAGAAAACCUAGGAAUAAAAUAAUCUCCAUAUUCUCUAGCACUGAAAAAGGAAGCAAGAAGAAGGAAAAGGAAAGGCCAGAGAUCUCCCCACCAUCAGAUUUUGAGCAUACCAUCCAUGUUGGCUUCGAUGCUGUUACUGGAGAGUUCACUGGAAUGCCAGAGCAAUGGGCUCGCUUGCUUCAGACCUCAAAUAUCACAAAGCUAGAACAGAAGAAAAACCCCCAGGCGGUACUAGAUGUGCUGAAAUUCUAUGACUCCAAAGAUACAGCAAAACAGAAGUAUCUGAGUUUUUCUGCCCCAGAAAAAGAUGGUUUCCCUUCAGGAACACCGACGACCAAUACCAAAGGUUCAGAACCAUCAACAGCUGUGGCAGAUGAUGAUGAGGAUGAUGAAGAAGUUCCUCCUCCUGUUAUUGCUCCACGGCCAGAUCACACAAAAUCGAUUUAUACACGGUCUGUAAUUGACCCCAUCCCUGCACCAGCCAAUGACACUUCCGUUGACAGUGUGACGAAAUCAGGUGAUAAGCAGAAAAAGAAGACCAAAAUGUCAGAUGAAGAGAUCAUGGAAAAACUGCGUACUAUUGUGAGCAUAGGAGAUCCCAAGAAAAAAUACACCAGAUAUGAAAAAAUUGGGCAGGGGGCUUCGGGUACAGUUUUCACAGCUAUUGAUGUGGCAACGGGGCAGGAGGUUGCUAUUAAGCAGAUAAACCUGCAGAAACAGCCCAAGAAGGAGUUGAUUAUUAAUGAGAUCUUGGUAAUGAAGGAGCUAAAGAACCCCAACAUAGUUAACUUCCUGGACAGUUACCUUGUAGGAGAUGAAUUGUUUGUGGUGAUGGAGUAUCUAGCUGGAGGCUCACUAACAGAUGUGGUCACAGAAACAUGUAUGGAUGAAGCACAGAUUGCUGCUGUUUGCAGAGAGUGCUUGCAAGCGCUUGAGUUCCUACAUGCCAACCAGGUCAUCCACAGAGACAUUAAGAGUGACAAUGUGCUGUUAGGAAUGGAUGGAUCAGUUAAACUAACCGACUUUGGUUUCUGUGCUCAGAUCACCCCAGAGCAGAGCAAGCGUAGCACUAUGGUUGGAACUCCUUACUGGAUGGCUCCUGAAGUGGUCACCCGGAAAGCCUAUGGCCCUAAAGUGGAUAUCUGGUCUCUGGGCAUCAUGGCUAUUGAGAUGGUGGAAGGAGAACCCCCGUACCUCAAUGAAAACCCCCUGCGGGCUUUAUAUUUGAUAGCAACUAAUGGCACACCAGAACUGCAGAACCCUGAGAAACUGUCCCCAAUAUUCCGGGAUUUCUUGAACCGAUGUUUGGAGAUGGAUGUAGAGAAAAGAGGAUCAGCCAAAGAAUUGCUACAGCAUCCCUUCUUGAAACUGGCCAAACCUCUGUCUAGCUUGACGCCACUGAUCUUGGCAGCCAAAGAAGCAAUGAAGAGUAACCGCUAACAUUACUGCCACAGCCU